AUGAAGGGAUCAAUCUCCUAUCAAAUCUACAAGGGUGCCCUCCUCCUGUCGGCACUCUUGAACUCAGUCCAGGCGCAGCAGGCUGGUACUCUGGCGACUGAGACCCACCCAUCCCUGACCUGGUCCAAGUGCUCUGCCGGGGGUAGCUGCACUUCCGUGACUGGCAGCGUGGUCAUCGAUGCCAACUGGCGCUGGGUUCACUCUACCAGUGGCUCGACCAAUUGCUAUACCGGCAACACCUGGGAUGCCACCCUCUGCCCCGACGAUGUGACCUGCGCGGCCAACUGUGCUGUGGACGGUGCUAGCUACUCAAGCACCUAUGGUGUUACUACCAGCGGCAACUCUCUGCGCCUGAACUUUGUCACUACGGCUUCGCAGAAGAAUAUCGGUUCUCGUCUGUACUUGCUUGAGAACGACACUACCUACCAGAAGUUCAACCUGCUGAACCAGGAGUUCACCUUUGAUGUGGAUGUGUCGAACUUGCCCUGCGGUCUUAACGGUGCCCUCUACUUUGUGGACAUGGAUGCCGAUGGUGGCAAGGCCAAGUACUCCGCCAACAAGGCCGGUGCCAAGUAUGGAACUGGUUACUGUGACAGCCAGUGCCCGCGGGAUCUCAAGUUCAUUAACGGCGAGGCCAACGUCGAAGGCUGGACCCCCUCCAGCAAUGAUGUCAACUCUGGUAUUGGUGACCAUGGCUCUUGCUGCGCGGAGAUGGACGUCUGGGAGGCCAACUCGAUCUCCAAUGCGCUCACUCCUCACCCCUGCGACACUCCUUCGCAAACCAUGUGCGAGGGAGAUGCCUGCGGUGGAACCUACAGCUCUGAACGCUAUGCUGGUACUUGCGAUCCCGAUGGCUGUGAUUUCAACCCCUACCGUAUGGGUGUCACCAACUUCUACGGCCCUGGCUUGACCGUUGACACCAAGUCUCCCUUCACCGUGGUGACUCAAUUCAUCACCAACGACGGCACCUCCUCUGGUACUCUCUCUGAGAUCAAGCGAUUCUACGUGCAGAACGGCAAGGUCAUCGGCCAGCCCAAUUCCGCCGUCAGCGGUGUUACCGGUAACUCGAUCACCGACACUUUCUGCAAUGCGCAAAAGGCUGCUUUUGGUGACACCAACGACUUCAGCAAGCACGGUAGUCUGGCCGGCAUGGGCGCCGGUCUCGCCGACGGCAUGGUUCUGGUCAUGAGUCUCUGGGAUGACCAUUCUGCCAACAUGCUCUGGCUCGACAGCACCUACCCCACCAACGCCACGUCCACCACCCCCGGUGCCAAGCGUGGCACUUGUGAUAUCUCCUCUGGUGACCCUACCACCGUCGAGUCCGCCAAUGCCAACGCCUACGUGAUCUACUCGAACAUCAAGGUCGGUCCUCUCAACUCCACCUACACCGGUAGCACCUCUGGUGGAUCUAGCUCUUCCACCACGACCACUACUACCAGCAAGACCAGCACCUCUACCACCAGCAAGACCAGUACUACCACUACUACCAGCAAGACCAGUACUACUACCACUACUACCUCCAGUGGCUCGAGCACCACCGGCGCUGCCCACUAUGCCCAGUGUGGUGGAAAUGGCUGGACCGGCGCCACCACCUGUGUGAGCCCCUACACUUGCACCAAGCAGAACGACUGGUACUCCCAGUGCCUGUAA